AUGGGAAAACAGGGCUUCGAUUCCCGGACAGCCUUGGCUAAUGCCCUCAACACCAGUGGCAAGGCAAAAGCACCUCCACCGAAGAAGGAGGUGGUGAAGGAAGCCCAUGCCCCAAAGAAGAAGGUGGAGAAAGCCGUCGUAGCAGACCCCCUGCCGAAGACCAAGAAGGAAUUGGAGGAGGAUCAACGCAGAUAUAUGGAACAGAAAGAGGCGGAGAAGAAGCAGUUCUAUGCGGCUGAAGAGGCCAGAAAACUUGCUGGAGCCAAAGGUGCAGAUGAAGAAGUGACCUACGUGGAAGACAAAGACACCCGGAAGCCCAAAGCGGUGAGCGACAUCUCGGACUACUGGAAGAAGGAUUUAGGCCUCCUUCCUUUCAUGCCCACUGACAAUGUCCAGGAGCUGGAGGUGCCGGAGGACCUGGAUGUGUCCCUGAGGUUGCUAUAUCUUCAGACAUUGAACGACCAGCUGGAGAAGCUCUUGCGGAUGCGUUUCCAUGUCUUUUGGAGCCAGUGCAUUUUUGAUCCAGCUGUAAGUCGGCUCGUGGAUUCCUAUCUUAGGUUUUGCCUCCGUAGUCAUGAUCUUCCAGAGGGUCAGGCAGAUGCAGUGUCCAUGGAGGAAUUGACCGCGUCGAAGGAGGUGAGCAGGCGGAUGUUUCAACUCUUGGUGAGGCUCAGUCGGCCUCAGGAGAGUCCACAUGAGUUCCUGUCCAAUGACAAGUUUGCUCAAGUGAUCCAUGAACAUCAGCUCUUUGACGUGCCAAAGAUCAUCGACGUUUGCGUGAUUUAUGGCGAUGCGAAUAGGAACGCAGUGACGAAGAUCGUCCACUCGAUUUUCAGGCACCAGCCUCUCUUCAAGGAAGAGUUCAACUCAGUGGUGCAGCAUAUGCUAGAUGGACUCCUCCAAUGCUGUGCCCCUCUGCAAAUGGCAGCGCGGGGUGGCAAGCUGAAGCUAGACGAGCUAAGCGUGUCGGAAUGCAAAACCUUCCUGCCAGACAUGUUGAGUUGCUUCAACGCCAUUUUUUGUUUCUUCCCAGAGGAUUGUGUGGAGAAACUGAUGGGUGGCAGCCUGAAGGUAGACAGCGCAGCCAGCGAGUUGCCUGCCUUACCCUUGGCGGAUUUGAUGGUGAUUCUGCACGAUGCCAUUUGCGCCCUUCGUGACAAAGAUGACACUGAGGAUCGAGCAGAGAUGGAUGGCAUUGUGAAGCUGUUGAGUCGCCUAUUGAGUUGUGUCCUAGGCUUUCGAAUGGCGCCUCGCCAUGGUGCGGAUGCUUUUGGUGAUUUAGUGGCCUGGGUGACCGAACAUGCUGAGAGGACCCAGUUGAUCCAAGAUCUUAGCAGGAACGGAUUAGACAACGUGGCCAUGGAAUGGAUCGCUAGCGGUCUGGUGGAUGAUACCCAGCUGGACUACCUGGAUGACCUCUGUGGCGCUCCGCUGUUGCCCAAGGAAGCGCGGCAUCGCCGCGGGGCAGCGCCGGCCGCGCCGCCGCGGCCGCGGCCGGCGGAGACAGGCGGCUCUCAACCGUCACAGCCCUCGCAGCCUUCGCAGCCUUCGCAGCCAUCGGCCACGUCCAACGACCGAGCCAAGAUCCGUGAGGUCCGCGAGGUGGUUGGCUCGGAGUAUGGUGAAGGAUUCAUCCUGCAAUGUUUGCUGCACUAUGGCGGCUCUGUGCCACAGGCCGUGGGCGCUAUUUUGGAUGGCUCCCUGCCUCCUCAGAUCACGGCCUUGCCCAUUGGAAUGUCCAUGGGAGCUGAAGCCAUCAACAGCGCGGUGAUGGAGAAACCAUCCCAACCAUCUUUGUCAGCGGAAGAUAAGCAGCUGAUUUUGAACCAGGCGGAGCGUGAUGGCUCAGACGUGGAAGUCGAGAAAUACAACGACGACUACGACGAUGAAGAGGCUGUUGACAUGCCAAAAUUCGCCGCGGGUGUUGCUUCAGAUUGGGAGGACAGAAGCGAAGAAGAAGAUGAAGGCAGUAGCGACGGUGACGAACCCAGAUGGAGCAAUGACAGGAUGCGUGGUGGCAGGCUGAAAGGAAAAGGCAAGGGCAAGGGAAAGAGCUCUGGCCCCACUCAAGGCCAAACUGUCCAGGCUCGAAGAAAAGAGGCCAACAAGGCUCAAGUGGCGAAUCACAACCGCCGCGAUGCCGCCAUGCGAAAGAUGGCUCGGGGUCUUUGA